AGGCACUCCAGGGCUGCACACUGACCACAAGGCUUGCUGCCUGCUGAUCAGGAUUCCAGAAACAAGAUUGGCUGUGGUAACAAAAGGUCAAGAAGAAGCUCUCCUUUGGAGUUCUCAGAAAACAUGGAGAGAUUCCAUUUGUUUGCGCUUCUAUGGAGCGGAGUCUUAAUCUCUGGAGUCAUCGGCCUUCAAUCCACAAAUUUUUCAAUAGACUGUGAAACUAUGUCAACAAACCUAACUAAACCAGAGGAAUCUGCAUCACCCUACCACCUUUUGGUAUCAGCCGAGGAAUAUAACCCAGGAAGUGAAGUUGAAGUGGAUCUGGAAGGAAUAUCAGGUGCUGGAUUCAAAUGGUUCAUGCUACAAGCUCGAGACAUUGAAAAAAAUGUUCCCAUUGGUUCAUUUGUAACUGUAGACCCCAAUACACAGAACCAUGACUGUUACAAUUUGCUGAAUUCAACUUUAAUCCACAAGAGCUCUGAUGAGAAAUAUAAUGUUACAUCUGUCUGGAUUUCACCAGAGGCUAAGAAAGUUCAGUUUGUAGCAACUGUUUUUCAAGAUCCGGAAAGAUACUGGGUUGUUAUAUCCAACAAAAUCCUCUUCCCUAGAGAUUCCAAUGUAGCAGGAAAUGAUGGCAAAGUGGCUGAUGUGGCCAAAGAAACCAGUGCAUCAUCAAGAAGUAGGAAAAAGUCUUCUAACAUUAUUGUAAGAGUAAACUGUGGCCAGGGUGGUUCUUAUGGAAGUGGCAGUGAAUGUGUCCAGGGUUCCACAUCUUCCUCACAGAGUAGUAGCAGUCAAUCACAGGGAGGCUUAAUCUACCAAGGAGGAAGCAUCAGAAAGGUUGGAUGCCUUGGUGGUGGAACUGCAAGUGUCUACAACAAAUAUGGUUGUGGUGAUGGAGGCAUAGACACUAGUAGCGGCAGCAGUUAUGGGCAGUCUGUUUCAACUAUUUCAGAUAAAGGGAAGGUCAUAGUAUAUCCUCCUACGAAGUCUUUCCCACCUGAACGUGAAACAUAUACAUCGGGGGUAUCAAGUGGAUCCUAUGGCAGCAGCAGCAGCGGCCAAUAUGGACAGAGUGGAUCAUAUGGCAGCAACAGCCAGUAUGGACAGAGUGGAUCCUAUGGGAGCAGCAGCCAAUAUGGACAGGCUGGGCAGAGCGGAUCCUAUGGGAGCAGCAGCCAAUAUGGACAGGGUUCACAAACUAGUGGAGGCUCCAAUAUUAAGGGUUGUGGUGAAAAGAACCCAAGAAACUGUAGACGCAAAAGGGCUGCAUCAGCUCCAAAUAUACUUAAGACGUUGAUCAAUAAGAUUCGGGGAAAGAGGAACGAACCCUUUAAUUCAGAACAAAUUCAUGACCAGGAUAAAAACUUUUCGGAUGAUAGAAACAAUCAUCCACAGAUUCAGUGUGUGUGUCCUAGUACACAGAAUGAACAAGUUGGAUCAGAUGGAGGCAACAAUCAAUCUGAACAGGGUGGAUAUGGUGAAUCAUAUGAUGGCAACCAAUAUGGACAGAAUGCACAAUAUGUGGGCAGCCACCAGUUUGGACAGGGAGGAUCAUAUAGUGGCAGUAGCAGCCAGGGAGGAUCACAAAGCAGCAGUAGCAGCAGCAGUAGUAGCAGCAGUAGCAGCAGCAGUUCUUAUGGGAGCCAGGGAGGAUCACAUAGCAACAGCAGCAGCAACAGCAGCAGCAAUCAUUAUGGCAGCCAGGGAGGAUCAUAUAGCAGCAGUAGCAGUAGCAGCAGCAGCCAUUAUGACAAUCAGGGUGAAUCUUACAAUAGCAGCAGCCAAUAUGGAAAGCCAGGUCAGGAUAGAGGCAUUUUCUUGUCUCCAACUAAGAGUCAUAUAAUAAAGUAUCAGAAAGAUAUUGGAUUCCUCAUAUUUUACAGAACCCUUCCUCUUCUGGAGCCAGUCAGCCAGGAGGUCAGAUUGAAUGUUAUUGUACAGAUGGGCUUUUGGAUUCCUCUUAUCAUGGACAAAGCAGCCAAUAUGGUGAUGUACAAGUAA